AUGAUCAUCUCCCGGCCAUCAUUUCUACGGCCCCUCGUUCUCUCAGUUCUGGCUGUAUCAGUGCUGUUUUCGAAAGGACUCCAUCUCUUCCAGCAUGCGAUCUCAAUCCCUCCAACUUCCUUUGUCGCAUAUUUCCCCACGUUCUUCCUCCAAGAGGCGCUCCUUAUUGUAGGGGCAUGGGCAUUGUUGCAUAAAACAACUGGAGUACCGUCUGUUCUGGGAACAGCAGUGACAGUGCUCAUAACGUACUUGACCUUCGUUCUCUCCGCAUCCCAAACCGCCUUUUACCUGAUAGCUGGCAGCGAGGUCCGCUGGGAUGCCGCCGCCAGCGUUGGAAAUGACCGAGAAGGGAGGAAGUUGAUUUUCAGUGGGCUGGGCUCAUUUCUGGGGGCAGCAGUAGUCCUCGCUAUCAUAUCAUGGCUCGUCACACCGGGACUUUCUGUGUGGAUCAACAACUGGAUCUCUGCGUUGUUCAGUCUAGCUGCCACCAAUAAUUCAGACGAGGAAUUACCGAUCACAACUGUGGAGCAGCCACCGCGCAAAAGGGGCCUCAUUCGAUUUUGGACGGUGUGCGCCAUGCUUGGUACCCUGGGGCUGUACCUGCUUAGGCCCCAGGUUCCAUAUACCCAUAUGUCUGGGUCUCUGCCGUUCACUUUCUUUCAGGCCUUGCGGCCAAAACCAGCUAUCACACACCAGCCUGGAGAUCACGUGUUUCCAUUACAGGAUGGGUUGGGAGAGGAGAAUUGGGAGGGGUCAAAUGGCCAUUUCAAGGGCUGGGCACCUGGCAUGGGGCUUGUAUAUGCGGACAAAACAACUCGUCCUUCUUGGGCAUUUGGGAAUUUGCCACCCGGUUUCCAUCGCUGGACUGAUCCAAGCCCUAACUCGGGAGGGGACGCUCAACCUGGAGAGCACGAAGAUCCCAAGAACGGCACUUCGAAGCACUUCUACAAUCCCGUGGACGACCCCCUGCGGAUCACCAAUCUCGACCACAAAGUGUUGGAGCCAUUGACCCGGGCUCUCAAGGAUCACCCGGUGCCGAUCAACCAUGUCGUGCUUGUGAUGAUGGAGAGUGCCCGCAAAGAAAUCUUCCCCUUCAAAUACGGCUCGCACUUGCAUCGGGAUAUCCUUUCUUCAUACCGCAAUCAAGAAAUAAAGGCCCUGCAAGAGGUCAACGAUAGGCUAUCUCGCCUGACACCCAUUGCGGAGAAACUGACCGGCGAGUCCGGCGGGUUUUCGCAGAGCGAGAACCCCUCAACGAAUAAGACAUGGCAAGAUACUGCAGAGCCCGGGAUGGGCGGUAUCAACGUCAAUGGCGUCCUCACUGGCAGCAGCCUGUCGUUCAAAAGUGUUGUCAUGAACCAUUGUGGCGUGGGACCACUUCCCGUCAACUUCUUGAAGGAAGUGGAAACUGAGAUCUACCAGCCGUGUUUUAUGCAGAUCCUCGAUCUUUUAAACCGGCUCAAAGAGAACUCGACAGAUGCAGGUGCCUCUGGAUCUGGUAAGGACAACGAACCCAUUCACAAUCGCAAGUGGAAUUCUGUGUUCUUGCAGACUGCCACGGGGAUGUAUGACCACCAGAACAUUCUCAAUGAGAUGAUGGGCUUCAAGAAGGCCAUAUAUCGCGAGGAUAUUGGCCAGAACGAGGCCAAAUACCACCACGAUGACAUGAAGGAGAUUAAUUACUUUGGGUAUGCCGAGCGUGAGGUGUAUCCAUAUCUGCGGGACGUGGUCAACAACACAGUGAGAGACAACGAAAGGCUCUUCUUGUCGCAUUUCACCAGCACCACCCACCAUCCCUGGAAAACACCCUCAGAUUUUCCCGAUGAGCAAUACUUUGCCGAUGACGGUGUCCGGACGAAACACGAGGACAUGAACCGCUAUCUCAACACGGUCCGCUAUGUGGACUCAUGGCUAGGAGAUAUGCUGGGGGUGCUAGAUGAGGUCGGAAUUGCCAAUGAAACAUUGGUGGUGUUUGUGGGAGACCACGGCCAGGCAUUCCACGAAGAUGCCCCGGUAUCCGGGACCUACGAGAACGGACACAUCAGCAACUUCCGCGUGCCACUGGUCUUCCGGCAUCCAUUACUGCCUCGCAUCCAGGUGAAUGCCAACGCAACCUCGAUGUCAGUCCUGCCGACCAUCCUCGAUCUGCUGGCGACGACCCAAUCCCUGAACCAAGCAGACACAGACGUCGUGAUUGACCUGCUGAAUGAAUACGAGGGCCAAUCAUUGAUUCGCCCGUACCAAGCCACCCACCAAGGCCGACAAGCGUGGAAUUUCGGCGUCAUCAAUGCCGGCGGCACGAUGCUCAGCGUUGGAUCUGCGGCAGUUCCCUAUCGGCUGAUCCUGCCGCUUAAAUCGGACUUUGAGUUUGUAUUCUCGAAUCUCGACAUGGACCCGCACGAAGUGAGUCCUCUGCGUGGCUGGUCCGUCGUGGAGGUCAUUCACCGCGUGCGGCGCGAACAUGGAGACAAAGCCGCGGACUGGGUGGCUGAUGCGGAGAAAGUGGGGAGGUGGUGGGUGGAGGAACGCAAGAGACUUUGGAACUACCAGUAG